AUUCUCCGAUCGAUUUCUUAUGCUGAGAUGGAAAGCUAUCCUGUUUGGGAACCUAUAUCGUGAUCACAUUGAACUCCACCAUCCCGCCGAUACUAGUAAUCCUGUAAGGCCGGGCCACUGUUCGUGGAAGAAUCAUUUGGGACUACCUUUGUCUCAUAUAAGUCUUGGUGACUACUGACACGUAAGUAUUUCAGAUGACCACAGGCAACACGUCGUUCGAACUCAGUACUACUGGAUUCGCCUUGCCGCCAUCUCCACGAGAUGAGGUGUCGGGUAGUACCUCACAGGAAGUUGACUCUGACUGGGCAGGAACUCUGCUCGAACCUGCAGCAGAAGAUCUGACAACAGAUGUGUCAGCCUCCGAAACUCAAAUGUCACAGUCAGGAGCCAGCCAUGAAGAUGACACAAAUGCCCAUUCCGCUAUUCGGAGUAAUCACGAAAAUGAAUCGUUGCAAAUUUCACAUGGUCCAAAGCGCAGCAAAAGAUUGAGACUAAACGAUUCUGUCGAUGCUGAGCAGCACCCAGCUACGGGUCCUUCUCAGCUCCACGUCGGACCUGAUGCACCCCGUAAAAGGAUGAAGAUUGAAGAACAGGGUCAUGAAGCAGAUAACAGUCUCUACGAUUUCCAUGCAGCUUCAGCGAGUUCUAGUGGGAUCGAGCCCGGGCUCCUAACUAGUUCGCAGCCAAUCAAUUCCACGCGCAGUGAAAGUGACCCUGGCACGAGUCUGGAAGGUAGCAUGGUUGUCCCUGAAAGUGGUGACCCGGCGGAUUCGGCCUCUCACUCUCACCCUUCUCCGUCUACAGCGGUUACACCUGAUCGAGAGCCUACUCAUACAGACGCGAAAUCAGAGGGAAAUUCCUCAACUAAGGUUCCGGCAGAACCUCUGUCGAACUACACUUGUCCCAUCUGCUUUUCACCGCCAACCUAUGCUACCAUGACACCUUGUGGUCAUGUUUGCUGUGGUGAAUGUCUGUUUACUGCCGUCAAGACAGCCAUGCAGCGUGCCGCUUAUCAUGGACCAGCUGCUGAGAGAGCUAAAUGUCCCGUAUGUCGUGCACCCAUUCCUGGUUGGGAUGGGCGAGGAGGUGGAGUAAUAGGACUUCAGCCCCGUGUCAUGUAUAAAGUCGAGAGUCCUCGUAAAGCUCGAUGAGUCCCUUACAUUAUGCACUCAGCACCAUUAUGGUCGUAUCACUUGAUGGCCGCUAGCCCUGACGUGAAAAUUCCCCAGGCACCCAACAGCUUGGUGGAGGGUUGUUUGUUUGCCACGAUGAUCGCGGAUCCUAUACCAGUGCACGUAACUUCUUUCAAACCGCUUCUCCACUUCCUGAUAGUGUUUGCACGGCCGCCCUCUAAAACACAGAAACGAUAUGAAUACAGUGAGAGCGAGGUG